UUCAUCUUUUUAUUUCUUUCUCUUCCCCUGCCCCCCAGCAUGAACUGCAGCAUCAGACCCAUUUCUUUGUAGGACAUUUGAUCUGCAGAGGCCUCUGUCUUUAAAAUGGUAACUACUUCUCUGCGUCAUGGAGUGAUUAUCAUUGGAGCUAUCCUGCUGGUGACAGGGACAUUAUGUUUUGCUUGGUGGAGCGAUGGUGAGAUGGUGGCCACCACCUCUAGUACUGGUGACCUGAAGGUCUUGCCUCAUGAAGAAGCUGGACCAGGGGCAAGUUCUUCCUCUUCUAAUGCAGUACUCAGGUCCAUCAGCUUCUUCUGUUGUGGAAUUGGUGGACUCCUUCUCCUUUUCGGCCUCUUGUGGUCCGCCAGUACUGGAAUUGUUUCUCGACAAUAUCGCUAUCAUUUUUCCAGGGACCUUCAUUAUUCCACUGUGGAGCCUCUGGAGAAACAGACCUCCAGGACCUGGGAAGCCAGUGCUAUUCCCACCUACGAAGAAGCCGUGAAUUGCCAGCCUGCUGAAAAUGUGCCAAACUGUACACAGGCUCCUAUGUUGAAGGAAAGCAGGCUGCCUGUGUAUCAGGUGAUGGAUGAAAAUGAAACAUGGCAUGGAGGCCGUCGGCGCAGUUCCUCUGAUAGUGUUCUGUUUCGGAACAUUCCACCAAGGCUGGACUCUGAAUCAUGGAACGAAGGAACCAUUGUCUGUGACACUCCACCACCUAGCUAUGAGAGUAUUGGUUCAUGUGAUGGAUGACCUUGAUAUCUGGUUCACCACCAGCUGAGGACUUACCAAUUGCUACUGAAACUUUUUCCUUAAAUUAAAUUAAUUCAUUGUGGCAAACUGGAAUAGAAAGGGAGGGGAUAAAUAGUUGUUAACAUUUAGAACCACUGUAUUGUCUCUCGUAGGAGUUGCCAGAUCAACGGGAAAUACUUUCAAUAUUGCUUUUCUAUGUGUGCCAGGCUAAUGUAUAUGCAGUAGGCCUCAUGUAUCCAAAUGCAUCCCAAAACGUGAACUUCAGCUAAAUAGAAGUGCUGCUUACAAUGGAAUAGAACUGUAAAAGUUUGGAGUGAGUUUCGAUGAUGAGACUCAGAAUAAAUGUCAUCUGGAAAAGAAUAUUCCAAAACAUGUUCAAUAAAAUGAUUAUCCAGUGGCAGUCACGUAGGUUUUAGAUGCCUAGUUGAAUGAACAAAGAUGUGUGUUCUUCCCCCUGCAGUGAGUCUUGACUUUGAAGAUCUAUGGCAGGGGUGGGCAAAGGACAGCCUCACAGCUGUCACCCAGACCCCUUUUUUCCUAGAUGGUGUUAUAUCAUGCCUGAGGAGAUCAAAACUCUGAAUUACAAGCGUCUGCAUGUGGAGAGAUGCUGGAGGUUGAAAGUCUUAACACACCCUGUGAAAUAGCCUCCUCUUUGAUGUUCUUCCAUGAACAUAUGCCACAUCCUGAGUUGUGAUUGCUGAAUUUAUGGGCAAGGAUGAUAACACUGUUAUAUGUAACAACCAACUGAUCUAUAUGUCUGACUAUAUUAGAAGAGGAAGGAUAGAGUUCUCCACUUCUUAUUUAUGAUGACUGCUGGAGAUGAAUAUCCUAUAAAACUGUCAAGAUGUGAGUGAAAUCUGAGGGAAUAAUAUGAAAUAAAAACAGAACUGAAAGAGAGCCAAUGCCUUUCACAAAAGAGUUAUUGAAAGAGGAUGUAGUCCAGUGUGUAAACAUCUAACCACUAUGGACCUAUGCCACUUCAUACCAAACUGCAGAUUGUCUGAUUGAUUGUUGGCAUCUGUUUCUGAGUCAAUCAAAAACUGUGUGUUCUCCAGAUUUGGCCCGAUACCUUUUGCUGCCUGAUGCCAAAGUCAUGACUUGGACCUCAUUCUACCAGGAGAAACUGGGCAGACUGGCAGUUGGGUAUUACUUCAGCACAAGCAAUGACAUGGUGUUCUCUAAUGUGUAGGAACACUAGCUUAGGGGUACACAUGUUUGUCCUAAGCUGCUGCCUCUAAUGAUAGUGUCAGUUCUGCACAAAGCACUCAAGCUUAACACACUGUAUGUAACUAGAAAUACAUUUUAAGAUUCAUGCGUUAAACUGUUCUUGGCCAGAAGAAAACGGAAAUACUGCACAAACCCAGGGGCACCACUGUGUUGUUAAGCCUAACUAAAGCAGAACCAUUAAAUAAACUACUGAGUGAGGAGCCAA